AUGUGUUGCUCACUCACAGCUCAACCAUGUGCACAGCGACAGAAUCUUGAUCCGGCUUCCACACCCUCGACCACCAGAGAGUUUGACAUGCGAGACACAAUCGGCUCCUGUAAAGCAUCAGCGCCUGCGUCCGCUGACCCUACAUACGUACCACACAGUUACACUGCACUGGAGCUGGACUCAGAUUCUGAUCCCGCAUCAGUCUCAGAGGACGCAGGUGUUUCUCAGGCGGAUCCAGAUCUACACUCGGAUGCAUCUCCAGAUUCCGACCGAAAUGCAGAGUCUUCCUCUGUGGCUCCAGCACAGAUGCGGCUCCGCGGUGAACCUGAUAUCACGGGGGAUUCAGAGCCAAGUCUUGAAUAUGAGGCGGACCCGGAAUCAGAUGCAGCAGAGGGAUCGGAGGAUGGUCAAGGGCUGGAUGAUUAUUGUGUCAAGCCCGACAAUGAUCCCAGUUUUCCGGCAGAAGCCGACUCCGACGUUUUAUCCGACCAGCCUCCAGACUCUCAGGGCGCUCUCGAGUCCGAGCUCGACCUGGAAUCAGAACCUGAACUCCCCACCGACGACCCACAACCACUUCGCUCUGACUUGGAAGAGGAGUGCCACAGCGGUGCUGCUUGGGGGCCGCUUCUGCAUUCAAACCCUGUCGCUCAAAGGGCCGCAGAGGAGGCCGAGGCCGACCAGGACUGUCCGGAGAUGGAGAGUGAGGACUUCUGUGCCGUGUGUCUAAUUGGAGGGGACCUGCUGUGCUGCGAACGCUGCCCAAAAGUUUUUCAUUUGUCUUGCCACAUCCCGUCCCUUCUAAGCUUCCCCUCAGGCGACUGGGUGUGCGGCCUGUGCAGGGAUGCCAUGCAGCCAGAGGUUGAGUAUGACUGCGAGAAUGAGAGAACAUCUGGAGAACACACAUCAGCGUAUACUAGACUGUCUGCCUGUGACCAGAGAAAAUGUGAGCGGCUGACUCUACUGAUCCUAAGUAACGUCCUGAGUGCUCCCUUCCACGAGCCCGUCAGUCCACUUGCUCGUCAUUACUACCAGAUCAUUAAGAGGCCUAUGGACCUGUCCGUGAUCCGAGCCAAACUCAACAAGAGGAAUACUCAACAUUAUAUCUCGACAGAGGAGUUUGUUGCUGAUGUCUAUCUCAUGUUUCGCAACUGUGCAAAGUUCAAUUAUCCUGACUCCGAGGUGGCUCAAGCGGGCCGCAAUCUCGAGAUGUUCUUCAUCUCCAACCUGAAGGAGGUUUUCCCGGACAGAGUUUUUCUUGCAGCAGAGGCGGACUCUGACAGCGACGAGUACGAUGAGGCCUACAGGGCCGCUGAGAGUGGUUUCCCCUGGCCAGAGAGGAGAGAGCUGUGCCACAGGAAGAGGAAGAGGAGACCCUCUCUCAAGUCAAGGAGACCGCUCUUCUAACCGCGGAGUGGGACAAUGGACUAAAAUGUUUUUUUGUGUGACUAUGCUGUUUUUAUUUAGCAUCGUGUGGGCUUGUGACAUUGUUUCCAUUCUGUAAUUUUUAGUGUGCAUUUAGUGGUUCGCAACAAUAUCACAGCACUGCCAUCCGAUGGCAGCUGAACAUACUGACACGUACUUCAGAUAUUUAAAGCACUAACGAAUACUGGAGAAACAAUCAGCAAACUUCAAGUGAUAAAAGAAGUAGAAGUUCAAGAUCAAACUAUGUUUUGUUGCAUAUUAUAUUCUACACAUUUGCAAACUCGCCUGAUUGGAGAAAAACCACUCAAACAGAACUUGAGGGUGGCGUCUGCCUGCAAGGCUGUAAUUUUUACUUUAUAAUUGUGCCACUGAUGCACUGGAAAUUACAUUAUUUACAUUUAGACCUCCUCAAAUCACAUACCCAAUGUUCUAUGCUGUAUUGUACAAAGUUUGUUCAAGAGAAAAAAAUGUCUUAAUGUUUUCCAUUUAACAUUUUCAAUCAUCACAAGUUUACAGGAAACCAAUGGUCAACAAAACCUUAUUCUCUGUCCGUGUCACAUGUGUUGGAAAUCAGUGCACAUUUUACUAUCAUUAAGUGUUUAUCUCACAGUCUUGAUGAUUGUGAUAGAAUUACAGUUUGCAGAGGGGUGUUGAAUUUGAAACCUCUUUUCUUCUGCUCUAAAUUAAUUGGUUUGUUUUUUCCUUAUGAGCAAUCAUGCACCACAGUGAUUAAAGUAAUCAUUGUCCCGUAGUUUGAUUAAACUGGCACCAGGCGUUGUUCAUUGCUGCUCAUUAGAAAGCUUUGUGCAU